UAAAAAGGACAUCAGAGGUAAGAUUGGGAUACCAUAUCUCAAACUACAUUCUGUAUAGCAGCAAUACAGUAUUUCAACAAUGUCGCCCGGUCAGGUGGAGAGACUGUUCCUGGUGGUCGUCAUGACGACUGUGUGCUGGUCCGCUUCUCAGGAUCUGAGUGAUAAGAUGUUCACCUUCCCAGCUGAGUCAGACUCUGCCUACGCUAAGCUCAUUCCAACCAAGAAGAUAUCUGCUUCUGUCACCGUGUGUCUCAGGUAUUUCACUGACCAGAGGAAGAUCCAGUCCCUGUUCUCCAUGGCAACGCCCUCCCACCACAACGACAUCCUGCUCUUCAAAGAGAAGCCUCUGGGCUCCGUGUCCUUCUGGAUCAGGGACGUGGGCCUGGUCUUCAACGAGCUGCCUGACCUUCUCAACACCUGGUCCUCCGUGUGUGGCACCUGGGACUCUGCCAGCGGGCUGAGCCAGCUGUGGGUCAACGGCAAGGCCAGCUCGCGCAGGCAGAGCUACAGCGGCGCGGGACUGGACGGGAGCCCCGUCAUCCUGCUGGGGCAGGAGCAGGACUCGCACGGGGGGGGGUUCAGCAGGGAGCAGGCCUUCGUGGGCAGCGUCAGCGACGUCCACAUGUGGGACUACGUCCUGUCGCCCUGCGAGAUCCGCAGGUUCACUGCCGACCUCAACUACACGCCCGGAAACGUGCUCAACUGGAGGGGCCUGAGCUACACCCUGACGGGGAGGGUGGUGGUGGAGGAGAGGCUGCAGGACCAGCAGUGUCAGGGUUAGGGAGGGAGGCUGGUGGAGGA